AUGAACACCGCCGCGGACUCUUACCACGAUUCUGCUCGAGCUGCUUCCUCCAAAGCCUCCCCGGCCCCGAGUACUGCGGGCUCGACGGGUACUUCGGGAAUUACCGUGCGCACCGGUCCAAACGGCCAGAUGAGUUUUAGAAGACAACGGGCGUCGCGCGCUUGCGAGACCUGCCACGCUCGAAAAGUUCGUUGCGAUGCGGCCAGUCUAGGUGUGCCAUGCACCAACUGUGUAGCCUUUUCCAUCGAGUGCAAAAUUCCAACGCCAAAGCGAAAAAAGAAUGCAAAGUCGAAAGAGCCGAAUGGGUAUGAUACUGGGAACGACGAGCGCAACGACAUAAAACCCCGGCAAACCGUCUUCCCAUCGCAGGAAAAGGAUGCUGCUUUUGGGUACCGCAAGGACCGCAUGGCCGUCGACGGCAUGCCGGUUACAACCCUUACUGACUCGCAGGCCGAGCAACAGGCAUCCGACAACUCCGCCUAUGCCCAACUUAUGAAACCCAAGUUCGCGCGCGCCCCGAUAAAAGAAGCAGGUCGAGUCGCCUAUCUCGGAGAAUCCUCGAACUUGUCCUUGUUGGUGCAGGAUCGCCAUGGCACCACGGAUGUCGUCCAUUAUCCUCUCCCGCCGAAUGUUAGGGGGUCGCGCUCUACCUUGACGGAUCUGGAUAGUCUCGAACUCGAUAUCCUCCACCAGCGGGGUGCAUUCCUGCUGCCGCCGAAGCCACUUUGCGAUGAAUUGGUGGAUGCAUAUUUUAAAUGGGUCGCCCCCGUCGUUCCCAUCAUCAACCGUAAUCGCUUCAUGCGCCAAUAUCGUGAUCCUAAGAAUCCCCCAUCCUUGCUGCUGCUGCAAGCCAUUCUCCUUGCAGGCUCUAGAGUGUGCACGAACUCGCAGCUCAUGGAUGCCAAUGGCUCGACCACGCCAGCGGCUAUGACAUUUUAUAAACGGGCAAAGGCGUUGUAUGAUGCCAACUACGAGGAUGAUCGGGUGACCAUCGUGCAGGCAUUGGUCCUCCUGGGCUGGUACUGGGAAGGCCCUGAAGAUGUCACAAAAAAUGUUUUCUACUGGACGAGGGUUGCCAUGGUCGUCGCGCAAGGAUCGGGCAUGCAUAGAAGCGUCGAAUCGUCCCAGCUCAGCAAGCCGGACAAGCGACUGUGGAAGCGGAUAUGGUGGACUCUCUUCACGCGAGAUCGCUCUGUCGCUGUGGCCCUUGGACGCCCGAUUGGCAUCAAUACGGACGAUUCGGAUGUCGGAAUGUUGACCGAGGAGGACUUCCUCGAGGACGAAAUCGAUUUUCCUGCUGAGUAUGGCCCUGAUCCGGUGCAUGUGCAGUUCUUCCUUCAAUAUGUCAAACUCUGUGAGAUCAUGGGACUGGUUCUCUCGCAACAGUACUCGGUGGCAUCCAAGUCCAGGCGGAUGAAUGCCAUGGAUCUCACCCAUUCGGACAUGGCUUUGGCAGAUUGGCUUCAGAACUGCCCUAAGGAAGUCUGCUGGCAACGGUCCCGCCAUCACUUCUGGGCCGCUCUUCUGCAUGCCAAUUACUACACUACUCUCUGUCUUCUUCAUCGUGCGCACAUGCCGCCAGCCUCGUCAGUGCCGAGCAGCUACAGAGUCGAGGAAAUGGCAUACCCGUCACGGACGAUUGCUUUCCAAGCCGCUGGGAUGAUCACGUCUAUUGUCGAGAAUUUGCAGACGCAUGAUGAGAUCAGAUAUACUCCUGCGUUCAUUGUUUACAGUCUGUUCUCGGCAUUGAUCAUGCACGUGUAUCAAAUGAGGUCGUCGGUGCCCUCCAUCGUAGCUACCUGCCAAGAGAGAAUCAACAUCUGUAUGCAAGCUCUCAAGGACGUAUCGAAGGUGUGGCUGGUGGCCAAAAUGGUGCAUACCCUAUUUGAGUCCAUUCUGGGCAACAAGGUUCUCGAAGAGCGCCUACAGAAGGCUGCCGGAAAGCGACACCAGCGCGUACGGCCAGAAGGUCAAAUUCAUCAUCCACCUCCGCCCCCGAGACGACCCGACCUACCUCCCAAGCGCAAGUUCGACGACAUGGAUCUGAGUCUGCCGAAUGGAGGCCCCACUCCCCCAGUCUCGUACGAGCGAUCUCGUCCGCAAACUCCUGCGGCCACGCCAUCCAGGGAUGAACUGGGACAGCAUUCGGCAUCGAAUCUUCCCCAUGGUUCGCCUGGUGUGCCUCGAGAAUCUUUGACUGGCACGGGUCUCUCCCGUGGGAAUACACGACCAACGACGCCCUUCAAUGGACAAUUCUCUUUGCCAGCGACUCCCCCCGAUCUCUUCCUUGUCACACGAACCUCGCCUAACCUCUCCCCAUCCCUCUGGGAAAACUUCCAACCCGAGCAACUGUUCCCCGACGGCACAGCUUUCUUCCCCGAACUAGCCUCACCACACGACGGUGCAGUCGACCCCCAACUGCAAAUGCAAAGCCAGCUCCAAACACAGAACAUGCAACAACGCAUGAUGGUGAGCAACCAACACAUGCCCCGCACAGUCUCCGGCGCCGGCACCCAAGGUAGCCCAGAAAUGCUCUCCGCCAUUCCAGCCGGAAUAAGCGUGCAACCGCAACAAUCACAGCAGAUGUUCGAUGUCGAGAACCAGCAAACCUGGCCGAUGCAAGGCCUCGAUCCGCCGCUGAGCACGGCGGGCCUGGAAAACGCCAGCCAAGAUGAUAACUGGAGUAGUAGUUCUCGGAGUGGACCUACUGCGCCGACGACGUUGAAUGUUGAGGAUUGGUUCCAAUUCUUCGGUAUCAACGGUAGUUUUGGCGAAAUGGCUGGUUGA